CGCGUCAUCGCUUUAAUUGUCCGCUUUGAGGAGAGCGCGCUUAAAUACGGGCAGCGCCUCUUUCUUGCACCGAGGGUGGAUGUGACAACUCGUCUCUCUCUCUCUGUGUCUCUCUCUCUGUCUCUGUCUCUCUUUGUCUCUCUUUGUCUCUCUGUCCCUGUCCCGCUCCUCACUCGCUGGUGGCCUCGGAGCGAGCAGCAUGCAGGUGUCUCUGGUCCUCGUCGUGCUGCUGCAGGGAUGCUGCGCCGCCGCGAGAGGAUGGAAGCUACUAAAGAACGACGCCACGGAGAUUUUACCGGAGUACACGGGAAACACUCGGACUCCUCAGGAGGCCACGCUACAGGCAUCCGACAGCAACAGCAACAACAACAACAACAACAACAACAACAACAACGGCAGUAUAAAUAACCGGGCGAAAGCCGGCGGAAGGGCAGCGAACACAGUCUCCUACAGCGCCGCGGAGCUGAGCUGCAGGGAGCUGCGCUCCACCCGCUUCAUCGCCGACGGGUCGUGCCGCAGCGCCAAGCCGGUGAAGGAGCUGCUGUGCUCGGGCCAGUGCCUGCCGGCGCACCUCAUGCCCAACUCCAUCGCCCGCGGCAAGUGGUGGAGGGGCAGCGCUUCGGACUACCGCUGCAUCCCGGCCCACUCUCGGACGAGGAGGGUCCAGCUGCACUGUCCCAGCGGCAGCACCCGGACUUACAAGAUCCGCGUGGUCACCUCCUGCAAGUGCAAGCGCUUCAGGCCCCACCACAACCAAUCGGAGGCCAAGGAGGUCCCGAAGACGCAGCGCAGCAAGAAGCGCGCCCGCUUGCCCCAGGACCGGAGCAAGAACAACACGCCGACGCUGACGGGCAACUCGUACUGAUGCAACCCCUUCAGCACGCCGAGACACACGCACGCGCACACACACACGCACACACACAUUACACACACAACUGAUCUCCUUUGAAUGGGAGGAGAGGCUAAAGAAAGAGGGAAUCGAUAAGCUAAUUUCUGGCCUGGUAUUUAAAUCAUUGGUCUCUAUUUUCUUUCAGCGUAUUUGUGAAUCCUGCUGCUUAUUUGCAUGAGGAAAGGAGUCAGGGUGAGGAAUCAGGGCCAGGAGUCAGGGCCAGGAGUCAGUGCUAGGAGUCAGGGCCAGGAGUCAGGGCUAGGAAUCAGGGCUAGGAGUCAGGGUUAAGAGUCAGGGUUAGGAGUCAGGGCUAGGAGUCAGGGCUAGGAGUCAGGACUAGGAGUCAGGGCUAGGAGCCUUCGCCACGGCUGCGACCAGUCCAGAGACGUUGGAUGGCUUCAGAUAACCCCAACAGCCCCCCUUAUUUUUUUUCUUUCCUCUUCGUCCUCAUAUCAAAACAGCUUUCUUUUUAAUGCGGCGUCCUCCCACGAGGCCCGCGAGCCCAUCUGUGCAAACAUCCAGCGGAUGCUGGAGCCACUCAGCUCGCCUUUUUUUUUUUAAAAGGCCCCCAAAAAAAAGGUGCAUCCUCGCUCCAGAGUGGUUGUAACCCAUCUCCGUUUGGCACGUGUGCACAUGUCAGUGUCCGUAUGUAUGUGUGUGUGUGUUUGUGUGGAGGAGAUGGUACCGGGUUGCGGGCCGGGGGGCGGGGGGCGGGGGGGGGGCUCAGCUACUAGCAGGCCAGCCGGCCUGUUCCGGUGGCGCCUUCGACGGCGACGACUAGACGCACGCAGUCGGGGGAGAAGUCCUGGGACUCCUCCUAAUUGCUAAAUGAGCUCAUUCCUGUGCUAUUUCGGUCAUUAAAAAUGAACAAAUAGAAAAGCCAUUUCCUCCAGACGAGGCCAGUUCCUGUUUGCUGGAAUCACACGCGGACCCAAAAUACACAGCAAAAACGUCAGUGUUAAUUCAACUCCCAUAGAGUCAAAUUUAACACUUUCCCUGAGUUUAUAUAAUCCUCACCAGUUCAGAGUUAAAUUUACACUUUGGACGGUGUUAAUAUUUUAACUCCAUAAUAGUGUUAAAAAUGUAACACUUAGAGUGUUGUUUCUUAACACAUUUAAGAGUAAUUUUUACACUAAACUGGGGUUAUUCCUUUUCACUGAGGGUGUUAAUUUCUAACAUUCACAGUGUUAUGUGAUGACACUUUAAAGUGUAUUUUUACAUCUAAAUCGUGUUACUCCCUUACUCUUAAAAGUGUUAAUUUAUAUCAUUCAGUGUUAUUUUACACUAAAGUGUAUUCAUCACAUUUGAUGUUCUGAACAUGCUUUUUCAUUACCAGAAAAAACAAGCAUUUGAUGAAUUAAUCUUUUUUAAUUACAAAUAUCCAAGCACCACACAACUGCACUCUAUGCACACUUACAGAGAACAUAAUGGUACAAUAUAAAGGCACUGACUGGUAGCAUGCACUGCUUGACAUACAAAACAUUUAAACAUAUUCAUAUGUCAUUCAAAAGUUUUGCCCGCAACUCA